GUGGCUCCUCCAUGUGCAUUCCAGAGACGAAGGGAAAAAAAGGGAAUCAGACACUGCCUCGAGAGGAAAAAACAAAGGCCAAACUUUCACCGCUAUCACAAGAGUAACGUAGGGCUCCCCGAAGUUUUCAAACUAGAUGGAUAAUUGUCGCAACAAAAUGUAAAAAAAAAAACUUAAGCGGCUCACAAGACGGGAGGAAGGAGCUGAACCGUCUACGGGAUCAGAUUACACUGUUUCAGGGUUUUUUUUUUCAUGUCAAAAGUUUUUUUUCUUUCCCAAAAAGUUGGGGGAUGGUGAAUAUCCCCUGUAUGUGUGUGAAACGCCGUGAAAUGGUUUGCGGAAACAAAAUCAGAACUCGGAAGUUUUUCCUCCGGGUUUUGUACUAAACCCUGAACUCGUUUAUAAAGAGAAUCUGGAGGUAAAAAAGAAGACUGAUAAGAAAUGAUGAAGACUGGCUUAGAACUAAUAGAAAGUGAGACGAAGCUGUAAGAAAAUCGGAAUUUACGUCAAUGGCCAUUUAAAAUGCAUUUCUCUGGAUUAAUUAAACAACCCUGUUAUCGUUUUAACUUUUAUUUCUUGCGAUUUUCAAGGAAUUGAAAGCUACUGCAAAAGGGAAAGUCUUGAUUAUCGCGGAUACACGGACCUUGCUCGGCUUCUCUUUUCAAGAUGUCUUCCCGAGGAUAUUCCUUUGUUGAAAGAUUUGGGAUGCUUUGGGUUUGGGGUGCCUACUUCUUGCUGUCCCAUUUGGGAACAGCACAGAAAAAUGACACCGGAUUUAACGAUUACUGUAAGAAAACAUCAACCUGUGAAGCUCUAAAAUACAACACAUGCCUGGGCUCGCCAUUGCCGUACAGUUACACUUCUGUGAUUCUGGCAGAGGACUCGAGCUCUCAAGAAGAAGCCCUGGAGAAACUAGCCUUAUGGUCCGGUCUGAGGAACGCCCCCCGGUGCUGGGCGGUGAUCCAGCCCCUGCUGUGUGCAGUGUACAUGCCCAAGUGUGACAAUGGGAAGGUGGAGCUGCCGAGCCAGAGCCUGUGCCAGGCUACCAGGAGCCCCUGUGCCAUAGUGGAGCGGGAGAGGGGCUGGCCAGAUUUCCUCAAGUGCACCAUCGACAGGUUCCCCGUGGGCUGCCAGAAUGAAGUUCAGAAGAUCAAAUUCAACACCUCUGGGCACUGCGAGUCCCCGCUGGUGAAGACAGACAACCCAGCCAGCUGGUACGAAGAUGUGGAGGGCUGUGGCAUCCAGUGCAAUAAUCCGCUGUUCACCGAUGAGGAGCACAGCGACAUGCACGUCUACAUCGCCGUCUUCGGCUCCAUCACGCUGUUCUGCACCUUCUUCACUCUGGCCACCUUCGUAGCUGACUGGAAGAACUCGAACCGCUAUCCUGCUGUGAUUCUGUUCUACGUCAAUGCCUGUUUCUUCAUAGGCAGCAUUGGCUGGCUGGCACAGUUUAUGGAUGGAGCCCGCAAGGAGAUCGUGUGUAAAAGUGAUGACACUAUGAGACUUGGGGAGCCGACUUCCACAGAGACGCUGUCAUGUGUGAUCAUCUUUGUGAUCGUGUACUACUCCCUGAUGUCAGGGGUCAUCUGGUUCGUCAUGCUCACCUACGCCUGGCACACCUCCUUCAAAGCGCUGGGCACCACUUACCAGCCCCUCACCGGCAAAACCUCCUACUUCCACCUGAUCACAUGGUCCAUCCCUUUUGUGCUCACUGUGGCCAUAUUAGCCAUUGCACAGGUGGAUGGAGACUCAGUCAGUGGAAUCUGUUUUGUCGGCUACAAGAACUACCGCUACAGAGCUGGGUUUGUCUUGGCACCUAUAGGCCUUGUCCUCCUUAUUGGCGGCUACUUUCUCAUACGAGGUGUGAUGACACUGUUCUCGAUCAAGAGUAACCACCCAGGACUUCUGAGUGAAAAGGCAGCCAGCAAAAUCAAUGAGACCAUGGUCAGGCUGGGUAUAUUUGGAUUCCUUGCCUUUGGUUUUGUUUUUAUAACAUUUGGCUGCCAUUUCUAUGACUUCUUCAACCAGGAGGAAUGGGAGCGGAGUUUCAGAGAAUAUGUCUUGUGUGAAGCAAAUGUGACAAUCGCUGUCCAGACUAAUAAGCCUAUUCCAGAAUGUGCCAUCAAGAACAGGCCAAGUCUGCUAGUGGAGAAGAUCAACCUCUUUGCCAUGUUUGGCACGGGCAUCUCCAUGAGCACCUGGGUGUGGACCAAGGCCACAGUGCUCAUCUGGAAGCGUACCUGGUGCAGGAUCAUUGGUCGGAGCGACGACGAGCCCAAGAGGAUUAAGAAAAGCAAAAUGAUCGCCAAGGCCUUCUCCAAACGCAAGGAGCUGCUACAGAACCCCGAGAAGGAGCUGUCCUUCAGCAUGCACACAGUGUCUCAUGACGGCCCUGUGGCUGGUAUUAACUUUGACUUAAAUGAGCCAUCAGUAGACAUGUCUUCCGCCUGGGCCCAGCAUGUUACCAAAAUGGUGGCCAGGAGAGGCGCCAUCCUGCCUCAGGACAUCUCCGUAACCCCCACGGGCACACCAGUACCCCCCGAUGACAACAAAAACCAGCUCUGGAUAGUGGAGGCUGAGAUUCCCCCAGAGCUGCACAAAAAGAAGAAGAAGAGGAGGAGGAGGAAGAAAGAGGUGCGCCCCCUGGGGCCAAUGGAGGAGAUUUACGACAUGGGGUACCACCCUGAACACGCCUCUAGCGCGGUCCCCCGCCUCCCCAAGCUCCACGGACAUAGGAGCCUGGUGGCCAACAGGCGAGAGCAGCACCACGAGGAGCUCCUGCCCGGCUCCUUCCCCGAGUUCAGGCCCUCUGCGCCUCCUCCGCCUUACCGUGAGAGAUACCCUGCCACCUCCGCGGAGUACCGCCGGCACGCCGCUCUCAGCCUCAUCGCCGGCCCCGGGCCACAGGACGACCCUGGCUUUGCCGGGAGCGGUCUCCUCCGCCUCCCUCCGAGGCAGGGCAACGGAGUGCUCCGCCAUUCCACUGGGGAGGUGGGACCCAUCCCAAUGGGCUCCGGGGCCGUUUCCUGCGCGCCAAGAACUCCGGGCAGGAGGGCAGACCUGGCUCCCAUCCACUCCAGGACUAACCUCAUGGAUGCAGAACUAAUGGAUGCAGACUCAGACUUCUGACAGAAAAACUUAACUAUUGUUGUACAGCUUGAAAGCAAGAAGUGCUGGAUAAAACUUAUGCCCUAUGGGCCCACGAAGAAGGGUAAAUCAUUAUACUCUCAGAUGACUGGUUAUCAGUGUCUUCUAGUUUGUAUAAAAAGGGAAAAUAGCCACAGGAAACCUGUUCUGAACACCAAAAACGAUAUGCCCCUUGUCCCGUACAUGGACAGGAGGUUGAGAAUAUACAGAAGUGUUUCCUCUAGCUUUUCCGCAAACUGUUGUAUACAGUCGUAGAUUUGUAUUAACUCACAAAAAUGGAUCUCAUUGCAGACUUGAGGUCUCUGCAAUAUGAACAGGAGCAAGGCUGCUGUGGUGCCCUUUCCUCUGACGAUGAUCUGUUCAAUUUUUUUGACAUGGCUAGAUAACUAAGGUUUAGAGGGACUUUAUUAUCAUCGUCAUCCAAAUUUGCUUUGAGUACGUCAACUUGAAACUUUGUACAGUUUAAUAGGAACCAUGUCCUAAACUGUCUUCCCCUGGAUAGCACACACCAUUUUGCUGUUCUUUUACCGGUUUGAUUGUGCAGACUGAAGAAUGGUGCCUCUUAUAUUUUGUGCAGUGAAGAAGAAAAAGGUUCUGUUUUAAGAACGUCGAUAAAGAUUAUAAUCAAUUUUAAAACAUUUAAAAUCAAUUUAUUUUAAAAGCCAGGAAGGGGAGUUCUGUUUAGAUUUAUUAGAUCUUAAUUUAGAUGUUUCAAUUGAUGAUAAUCACGCACGUAAUUGGUGUCUUUUUUAAUUCGUUAUUUUUGGUGUUCUUGGUGUCAGACUUUGAAUUCUCCGGAACUGUCUGACACUCGUGGAGCUGAUUCGGUAAAUACACCAAAUGCCUCUGAAGAACAAUAUAGGACAGGAGAUAAAAAACCAUCCUGCUGGUUUCCUCGUGUGUGCUCAAUGACAACAUGCCUGACAAAUACAAGGUCAUUUCAUUUUCUCAAAAGCUACUGCUCGUGGUACCGCUGUGUGUGUGGUCUUCCUGGAGCUGCAGGAGAUGCAGCUGUGUUUUUUUGUGAUGGCAGUUGCCUGAUGCCAGGCCACAUUAAUGAUCAUAUAACAACCAUGGAAGAGGAGAGAGAUUAACUCUUGUUGAGAGCUCAAUGAAGACUGAGGCACAGCAGCUCUUAGACUUGUAUUUGUUUUUAAACUUGCAGUGUAAUCCAUUUCAUGUUGUAUAAUAUAAAUGUUCUAUCUGUAUCAUUUGAUAGAGAAAGGGUUAUUUUUGUAUGUUAGCGCAUGUGCACCUGUGCUUUUAAUUAUUGUAUAGUCAGCUAGUUUACAUCAGCAUCACUCUAAUAGUGUUAUUUAAGCUAUGUUUGGUUGUGGUAGUGUUUUUGACAAAAUGCUUUCUACUUCUGUGAAAGCGCACAGCUGUGAGCAUUUUGAACACUUACGUUUUCAUUUCAGCUGGGAUGAUUAACCUCGCUAGGUUAAUCCAGUUUGAUAAUCACCUUUAGCCUUUUGUUUUUGUGAAAACAAGAGAGAGUCUUAUACGGCUUUACUGUUUUGCAACUCACAGAGUACCAGCAUGGUAAUGGGUAUUGUCCACUUUGGUGACUAGUUUAUUUUUAAAAAUCACUAAAAUGUGCAUUGCUGUAGAGUAGUUCAACUGAUGAUUUAAAAAGGUGGGUUAUGUAUUUGAUUUCCUAACACUUAGAUUGGGGACUGCACAGUGGUGGUUAACAUGCAAGUGUCAUCCCCAUGUUCACUAAGAUUUUUCUAAUUGUCCCAAACUGGGCACUUCUAAAUCAUCCCAGAUGUCCCUUGACCCUCUCAGGCCUGCCUGGUGCCAUGACCAUCACCAUGUUAAACAGCUUUCUGGUGUUAGGUUGAUGCCGUAAUUCAUUUAGUUACUGCAGGUGGAAAAGCACUGGGGCAUUAAAACAGAUUACUCUGCAUUUUAUAUAAAAGAAAACUGUUGUACUUCUAUGACACUACAAAAUCUAAAGUUUGCCACACAUUGGUAUCAUCCAGUAGUACCUAAGGUGAUGGGAAAUCACAUAUUUUGGGUUUCAUGUUUUGUCACCCCAUUUUUCUUUAAAUUAUUAGUGAUUUUUCACCCAAAUUAUAUCUAUUAGUCAUUAAUUAACAGGUUCCAUCUCUCAUAAAGACUUCAAAGUAAAUCUCUAAUGGACCUUGCAGUAUGUUAACUGUAUAUAUCAGGAGUUUCCACACAUGAUUUCACUGUAGGUCUGUCUGCUAAGCUUGCUAUUAUUAUACUCAAAUUUCCCACUGGUCCUACAGCCAAUUUUAGUUCAUAUGAAGUGAACAAUCCUAGACCAUUAGCACAAGCAAUUUGUCUUUCUGGAAAUAGAAAACCCCAAGUCGUCUGCUUUGUCCUGAUUGAAUUGGGGUCAUAUUUUGUCUUGGGAUCCUAAGGAACUGUUUCUAUAUACAAACCAUUUUUUCAUACAUGUACAUAAUGUAUUUGGAAAAAAGACACCCUACAGAGGUGAAGAGGGGUAGAGGGGUUGGAGCUUAAACAGGUCUAUGGGAUGGGCAGUUUGGGUCCACAAUUCAGGAACCAUGAAAUUUAAUUGGAAAUAUAACUGCUAAGAGUAUAGCUGCUCUAGGAACAGUUCAAUCACGCAUGAUUGGAACAAUUCAAUCAUGCAAUGUCGGUGUUUCUUAAAUUAUCAUCCCCAUCGUGAGUACAAGCCUUUUGUUCUGUUUAGUAUGCUGGUAAAAAGUGUUGAUUUGAAGUGAUAUGGAGAGCAUAAAAGCUGUCAAUUACUCAAGAAUGUAAAAUGAGACAUCAAAUCUGUUUCUUACCUGCUGCUCUUACUAAAGUCUUUGUCUUCUAUUAAUCUUUUUAAAGAUGAUUUUUUUAAUUCACAGCAUUGUUUAAAAGCUAUCAAUCAGUUGUAUUUUUGUAUGUGUAAAUAAAAUCCCCAAAUUUA